GGCGGCAGGUAUAAAGCGGAGCGGCCGGGCGCAGAGUGGUAGCGCGGAUCGGCGGCACUACCGGCUUCCUGCCUCGCCACACUCCGCGCCGCACGGCCCCGCCGAGAGGAAAUCAUGGUUGUGCUGAAGAUUUCAUCUUUCCUUGCUGUUUAUGCCUUGGUGGUGUGCCAGAUGGAUAGCUUCCAGGCAGCCCCAGUCAGACCUGGCUUGGAGUCCAUAACAGAUCGAGUGACGCUCAGUGAUUACGAAGCUCGGAGGUUAUUAAAUGCGCUGGUGAAAGAGUUCAUACAGAUAACAGCGGAAGAGCUGGAGCAAGCCUCUGAAGGGAACAGCCUGGAUAGACCCAUUUCCAAACGCUGUGCCAGUCUGAGUACUUGUGUGCUGGGCAAACUGUCCCAAGAAUUGCACAAAUUGCAAACUUAUCCUCGCACUGACGUCGGGGCUGGAACUCCUGGCAAGAAACGAAAUGUGCUGAGUGACCUGGAACACGAACGCUAUGCAAAAUAUGGGGAACCCCUGGGAGACAACUAGACAUGCUUAUUUCUCCCCUUCUCCCUUUUUUUAACCUGAUGCAUGUGGAUCUAACUUUGAUUGCUAACUUUGCUAUGUUCUUUUGAUUCUGUUUUCGACAGAGAAUGUUUGAGAUGGACCUAAUGUUAGGAAGACAGGGAACAUAACAUGCAUACCAAGCUAGGGGAAAAAAGUAAAUAAAAAUGAACAGCACUUCCUUGACAUUUCAAAUGAUUUUCUUAGACCCUGAUUAAAAGAAAAUAAUCUAAACAAGGCUUGUCAUUUCUGGCUGCUAAAUGUACAAGUAGGCUCCUCUUUUGUGCUUGCCCAUGCAUUUGUUCAAUAAACCUAUUUUUCUAUAAGGAUUAGAUCUGCUUGGUUUAAUAACUUGUUUUAGAAUGUGAACUGUCUAGGUAAGGCUAGAAAAAACGUACACGUUCUUGUUUAAAUGCUCAAGAGAGGCAAUGCUAGUAAUUCUAGACAAUCUGGAAGAACUUAGAAAUUGAAAUUAUGUACAUACAUUCAUAGGUUCUAAUGUAGUCAGACAUGCAUGUAAUACUGUUAGUAAGGAUCCUGAGAAGCAAAGGAAUCAGGAAAGGCCCAUACAGAUUUGUUCAAGCAAACUAGAAAUGUAAACCUGUUUAAAACUGGGUUCUGAACA